AAUUAAAUGUGAUUAAAAAAUUAGGGGUAAACAUGUCUUUUUACACGUUUUUAAUGGAGACCGUAACCGACAACCAAAACUAGUGAGGUGUAAAUGAAAUUAUCCCUUUUAUUUAAAUUCUAUCCAGAUGUAUACCAAACAAACAAGGAUUGUUGGUCAAGUCUUUGAAUCUUUUCCUUUCCUUUCCUUUCUCAAAAAGCUUUUCUAACGGAAUUGUUUCAAACACAGCGUUACUUCGUUUUUGCUUUUCCUUCCAACGAGAGGAACUACUGCUACUUGCAAUCUUCGUUUGCUUCCUCUGCUAUGAUGCCUGUAAUUCAAACACUGCUCAAACCCAAAAUCUUGAUCGGAUUUGGGGACCUUCUGUACUCUCUCUCUUACAUUCUCUAUCAUCGUUCAAACCCUAUAGCAGUUUCUCUUUUCCAUUCCUCUUCUGUCUUGCACAUGUUGUAUAAAUUGCGCAAUUACUACACGUAUAACAGAUUAAUACAACAUUUUGUAUAUACUAUACCAUUUUCUUGAUUCUCUUUGCCCGGUUUGAGUUUUUGGUGCUUGAGUGAAUUCCAAAAAGAAGAAAUGGCUGGCAAUGGUGGAAAGGACAGAUUCCACAAAGAUGACCUUCAUGAUCCGAAGAGAAAAGCCAUCAUGGGCAGAACAGUGCACCUCCAUCAAGACACCUCUAGGUUGGAAAUCUGUCGCACAUCUGACAAUACUUUGACCACUCACUUUUUACAGUUUGGCAAGUUUGAGGGCGUUGCUUUUCAAGCAGGACGUAGCUAUGCUUUCAUUAAUUUUAAAAUGAAGACGAGGCCUUUGCUGCAAUGAGUGCAUUUCAAGAUUUUGUUGACGCUGGAAAUCCACUUAAACUCAAGUUUGCAAAAGUGGAUUAGUCUUCGACGCCAUCAUAUGUUGAUGCGUACUUGCAACUCCGAUAUGAACAACACUCUGCUGUAAGAGGAUCUCCAUUCUCUCAGAGGGACUCUAUAACACAUUGUUCUAGUACUGACCCAUCUUGUCCUGACAAAUCCAAGAUGGGUGACAGAAAUGCUGAACCGAGUGAGGAUUUAUGGAUUUCGUUUCCGCCUUUACCGAAGGUGGAUGAAGUAAUUUUAAGAGAGGCCUUUUCACCAUUUGGUGAGAUUGUGAAGAUUACUACAUUUCCUGAUCGUUGUUAUGCCUUUGUUCGGUUCAAAAAUGUAAUGGCAGCUUGCAGGGCUAAAGAAACUCUCCAUGGAAAAUUGUUUGGCAAUCCCCGUGUACGUAUUGGUUUUGCAAAGAGUGAAACUGGGACAUCCAACAGCAAAAGGAACUCAGGGAAUGCCCCAUCCUCCCCGUAUUUUAAGUCAUAUGGGCACCCAGGAUCAACUGGGAACUUUCCACCAGAAAUGAAUUUUGGGAAUAUAUCUGGAGAUCCCACCAUGAGAUCUCGUUUUAUCCCAAAUGUGGGAUCUGGUUAUCCUAAUUUCAUGACUUUCAGCUGGAAAGAAAAUCUAUGGAUGGGUGGAAAUGGUGCAGAAAAUAUCUAUGAACAUCAUAUUAUUCCUACAGGAGACCGAGGUGCUCACUUCCAUGAUUUUUUUCAGCAAUUUUCUAGAAAAGGUCCAUUCUAUGACACUCCUCGGGACUUUCCAGAAGAUGCCUUACUUUUUCAUGGAGCUAAGAAACUGAGGACCGGCUCCUUUACUCUAGAGAACAGGCUUCCAGAAGAUGCAAAGCAUGUUCUUCCUAGGACCUUCCCCGAUUUUCCCCAGCCUGAGUUCCUUGAUAAAAACUUCGAGUCUGGAUCUUUUGGGUAUAAACAGAUCCCUGAUCAUGCAAUGAAUCAUUCUUAUGGGGAGAGAAGCAAUCACUGGAAUGCAUCUUAUGAUAGUUUUCAAGUUUGUUCUGGUUCAUUGCUUUCGAACCCUGUUGAGUGGAAAAGAUUAACCCCCGAAUCGCAUCAGUCUUCCAUAACUGGAGAGUGGAAAUGGGAAGGAACUAUAGCAAAGGGAGGAAUUCCCAUCUGUCGUGCUUGCUGCUUGCCUGUGGGAAAAGUACUGGACAUGAUGUUACCUGAAUUCUUGGAUUUCACCGCAAGGACUAAUCUUGACACUCUUCCAAAGCGUUACUAUCAAGCAGCUAGUUCUUGGGUGGUAUUCUUUGCCCCUAAAAGUGAUGCUGAUAUGUAUAUGUACAAUGAAUUCUUGGAUUAUCUGGGGGAGAAACAGCGAGCAGCGGUGGCUAAGCUGGAUGAAAACACAACUUUGUCUCUUGUACCUCCUUCAGAAUUUUCUGAGAAAAUAUUGAAGGUACCAGGGAAACUGAGCAUCUCUGGUGUUGUGUUGAGGUUGGAGCACCCUAGUUCUAAUAGUGGAUCUCUUCUUCAUCCAAAUGAGAGAAAAGAUACAAAUGUAAUGUCUUCUCAUGGGGAUACAUCAUACCCGGUGGCAGCAUCAUAUUCAGGAGUACCAUCUCAGUUUGGUCCAUUGCAACAAUUGCAGCAGCAGCCGCAGAUAUUAAGUGUGCCUACAGAGCCUCAAAGAGAGCGUCAGAUAGGCAAUCAAGGGAACCAACAUCCCGAAACAUCUGGUACGCUUGAGGAAGCAGAUGCAGAUCGCCAGAAAAGGCUUCUAGCAACUUUACAACUGGCGGCAGCUCUUCUUAAGCAGACCCAAGAAGGAAGAGGUACUUAACCAGCAAUAGGUUUGAAGGGCGACAAACAUGAAGUUUUAUAGUAUGCCUUCUGGGAAAUAGCUACAUCCGAACUGUCCUUUCUUUCACUUUGUUUAGUGAACAGCCGCCCUUUGACUUUAUUAGAAGCACCAGGGUUACUUGGUUUUAACCUUUGCUUUGUGAAAUAAAGUGGACCACCCCGUUUUGAUGCUCGCUUAAAUGUUACAAAGACUUGGAAGCUUUUCUAAGUCCUUUCACUGCUCUGUUGUGUGGACAUACGAUGUUUAAUUAGUCCGACAUUGUCUUUAUCUGUCAGUGAUGGUAGUUCUCAUUUUGUUUUGGAUCUUUUAUGCAGCUAUCCUUGUCAAGUCAUUUGUUUAUAAGGUGAUCAAGUCAUCGUCUAUUGUAUUUUUCUUCUGACCUUUUCUUACAGCUUCCUGGUGGACAUAGAAGAACACUACAGAAAAAGCACCCAUUUCUCUACCACUACCAGCUCCGGAAGAUUGAAGAGAAGGGGGAACAAGUAAAGUGGAGAGCAAAGAUCUCCAGAGAUGCUCAUCUCAUUCCUUUUUAGAGGCUCCACCAGUGUGACCAAACAGCCAAACCUCAAAAAAUGAAUGGUUCCAACUUCCGGUGGCAGAAAUGCGUCAUUGGGAUCCGUUGCAGUGUGCGCGAUCACACGCGUGUUGUGGAUGGAUGGUCAUAUGAACAUCUUUAUGAACUUUCAGUCUUUCUUGGGUACGAAGAGUACAAGUUAAUUCUGUUUCUCUUGACCUUUAGCUCAUACAAAAGGGUGGUUCAUAGAGCCCGAGAAUGGUAAGCUAGUUGGUGAUGGGAUGGUGGAAAACUGCGUGCGUGGUUAAGUUUUAUGAGAUUUUUUUUGCUUUUUUUUUUUUUUUUUUUU